AUGGCCGCAGCAUCCGAGAGUCAAUGUGGCAUGGUGAACGUGACUACGCUCAUCGUUCUUCAUAUCAAUGGCCUCGCACUGUCCGGCCCCAUAGGAACCACUGGAGGGUGUGGCAGGAGCACCUUACUCGAGCACUCCUUGUCUCUGAUGGGCCCCAGCGCCUACUGCGUCAUCCUCUGGGCCCAUGGUUUGAUCCUCUCAACAACUGGAACUGGUUAUGGUCUUCUACCCAAGGAUUGUUCCACCGCCAGGGCCACAGUUGGCAACACUGCCGUCCCCGUCGCUCCUCCACACGGAGCAUUCAAUGGGACUAUACUCGUUCUGUGCAAUUGUCUGGGUGCAAACGACUACAUAACGCGCCUACCGACAACGGCGUAA